CGUCACCGGCUUCUUCCACAUCCACUCCGGUCUCUUUUCCGUUCAGGAUCAGUUGCGCGUGCUUGUUCUCUUCGGAGCUAAGGCCGUAUCGGCGACUUGCACAUUUUGUAUUAGGCAUCCACCCUAGUUUACACCCAAAUACCCACAAUGGCCACCGACUCCGAACUGGCGUGCGUUUAUUCCGCACUCAUCCUCGCUGAUGACGAUGUUGCAGUCACUGGUGAGAAGAUCCAGACCAUCCUGAAGGCUGCCUCCGUUGAGGUUGACCCCUACUGGCCAGGUCUCUUCGCCAAGGCUCUGGAGGGUGUGAGCAUCAAGGACCUCAUCACCAACGUGGGUUCUGGUGUUGGAGCCGCCCCCGCGGCUGGUGCUGCCCCUGCCGCUGCUGCCGCCGGCGGUGCCGCCAAGGAGGAAAAGAAAGAGGAGAAGAAGAAGGUUGAGAGCGACCCUGAGACUGACGAUGACAUGGGCUUCGGUCUCUUUGACUAACUCCAUUCCUGACUUCCUUUCUGUACAGUUUUAUUGUACAAAUAAAAUUAUGUGAAAACCCA